UCGAGCAAAAAGGAUAUGGCGGCUUUGGCAAUGGCCAUGGGGACUGCUUUCCCCCGCGUGUCCCAGCUCGGCAGCGCUCAGUCGGGUGGCGCCGCGCUGCCGCGGAGGUACGUCUCCGUCCGCGCCGCCCCGCCGCGGCAGCAACGCUCCCGGCCGCCGCCCAGGAACAGGGGGCCUCCCCCGCAGAACCGCCGCCGCGGGCCGCCGCCCAGGCUUCACGACGACGAAGAAGACCAGGGCGCCUACGGAGGAGGUCCACCCAGGAAUCGUGGACCUCCUGGCGCGCCCACCCGCCAACACGGUCGCGCACCGCCCAGGGGCGCACCCGGCCGGCCGCCACCGCCCAGGGACUCACCUGGCCGCGCGCCGCCCAGGGGACCGCCACGCGCCGAGACGGCCCGCUCAGCCGUAUCUAUGCGGCGACAGGAGGAGUUCGACGACGAGGCGGGGUACAGGGACUACGACGACGAGGAGGAGGAGGGGGAGAGUAGGUUCGCCGGGGGGACACGGUCGGGCGGCGGCAUGCCCAAACCGCCCGCUGGCUUCGUUCUGGACGACCAGGGCAGGUGCAUUGCCGCUGCCUCCAAGCGCAUCGUCACCAUCAUGGAUGACGCGAACAACCGUCCACUGGAGUGCAUAAUCCGGAGGGUGUUCAGUAGCACGCAAGACCACGAGUGUUUGCUUCUGUGCCCAGUUGACAUGCCUGUUCAGGUGCUCAAGAGCACAAACUUCAGUGGCUGGAUUGCUGUUGACGAUGACCAGAUUAAGCAGAUCAUUCCAUCUGUUGCAUAUGCCCUUGCUAGAGUGCAUAUGCAUUUUGUUGAAAGCGGAUUCUGUUAUACAGCACGAGGUGGCUUCUGCUUUCCUGAGGAUGCAAUUCAAGAAUUCCAUGAUUCUAGUGGUGGUAGCGGCGAGGCACCUUUCGAAGGUGUAGAGAUUUGCAACUUCAAUUUGGACGGUGCACACUAUAUGAUCUAUACACCAGUCGAUCCUCUUCUAUUUGUUGCAGUCAAGGACAAAGAAGGUGUGCUACGCAUCGCUGAGGAUGAUCUCAUGGACGAUCCCAACAUCGUGAGCGCCAUUGACGAAGAGACGGAAUUCACGGCUUUAGUGGAGGAGGAAGAGGCCCUCCUAGAGUCGAUACUGCACGGCGAUGACGAUGUCAGCUGAUACUUCCGUGCAUGAUGAGAGGACACGAAGUGAAAUGAAUACAAGUUUGUGACGGGAUUUUGUAGAAUGUGUUACAGGUAGAGAGUAUUUUUGUGGUAGCAAUACAUAUAUGUUGGUGCUGUAAUCUAAGCUAGCAUAAUGUGUGUGUAGAGGGAGUGGAGUGUAGGUGAAGAAGGUUAGGGGCCUAAAUUUGUUUGAACUAGUAUGGGAUGGCCAUGGAAUGAGCAACAUCCGCGUUGGUAUUUGCCUGUGAUGUGAAGAGAUUGAUAAAUGGAUCGAGUUUCUGGUCUCUCUUAUGGAGAUCCAUCCCUGAA